AGACAGAGAGACAGAGAGAGAGAGAGGAGGAGAGAGAGAGAGACAGAGAGAGAGAGAGAGAGAGAGAGGAGGAGAGUGAAUACAGAAGAGAGAAAGGGGGAGAGAAGAAGAGUGUGAAGAUGAGGACACAUGCUAUGAACUGAGGAGAGAACACGGAGAGGUUUUCUGACCGAUGCAAGAGGACCAAGCAGUGGAGUCUACGAUCAAAAAUGGAGGUGUUUCUGGAAGAGGACCUGAUUGGGUCUAAUGGCACUCAUGCUGGCACCGCCCAGAACCAAAGUGGCCCAUUAGACAUGUUCUCUGGGAUGGAGCUACUCCUUAGGUUCAAGCCCCUGUUCCUGCCUCUCUACUGCCUCCUGGUGGCCGUGGCUGGCGUGGGCAACUGCUUCCUGCUGGCCUGCAUCAUGGCAGACAAAAAACUCCACAACGCCACCAACUUCUUCAUAGGUAACCUUGCAGCCGGGGAUCUGCUGAUGUGUCUGAGCUGCGUGCCGCUGACCGCCUCCUACGCCUUCGACAGCCGUGGCUGGGCCUUCGGACGCCCCCUCUGCCACUUUGUGCCCCUCAUCCAGGCCGCCACCGUCUUUGCCUCCGUCCUCUCCCUCACCGCCAUCGCCGUGGAUCGAUACGUGGUCGUCGCCCACCCGGUACGCCGCCGGAUCUCUGUGUGGGGCUGCGGAGGCGUGGCGUUGGGGGUGUGGCUCCUGUCCCUGGCCCUGGCGGCCCCACCCUCCCUCCACAUGCGCUACCUGGACCUGCGUCGCAGUGGGAUGGACCUGGUGGUGUGUGAGGAGUUCUGGCCCGGCUCGGCCCGCCUCAGGCUGGUGUACUCCUGCUUCAUCCUGGUGGCGUCGUACAUGAUCCCCCUGCUGUCCGUCACCGUGUCCUACUGCGCCAUCACUGUGCACCUGCGGCGCCACGCGCUGCCCGGGGAGCCCUCGCAGUGCCAGCAGCGCUGGAGCCAGAGGAGGAGGAAGACCUUUUCUCUGCUGGUGGCCUCUGUGCUCGCCUUUGCCCUCUGCUGGCUCCCCCUGCAGGUUCUGAACCUCUUGUUGGACCUGGACCCGGACUUCCACAUCGUGGGGAAGCGCUACGUGAACGUGCUGCAGGUGUGCUGUCACCUGGUGGCCAUGAGCUCUGCCUGCUACAACCCUUUCAUCUACGCCUCGCUGCACAGCAAGGUGCGCCUGCACCUGCAAGGCUACCUCUGCCCCUGCCGCCACGCCGUGGGGGGCGUCCCCAGGGGGGUCACCCUCCUUUCCCACUGCGCCUCCCGCAACCCUGCCACCUGCCUCAGCCUGCUCUCCGAGGCCACCCCGGCCGCUGCCAAGGAGACGGGCCCCCACCCCCACCACACACACACACGCCUGGACAGCAGCUGCGUCUGA